GGUGGAGCACUGUCAAUAAUGGUUUCUGUUCACCCCUCCUUAGCUGCUCUUUUUGCUUUGUGCAUUUGGGUUGUCAAAUAUGUCGCUGGAUCAAACUGUCCUGAACCACUGACUGCUUUUAUAAAUGGGAGAUGCUGCAAACAGUGCCCUCCAGGACAAUAUCUGGAGGAUUUCUGCACAGAAACAAGAGAAACGCUCUGUCGCCCAUGUUCUAAUAACUCCUUCUCUGAAAAGUAUAAUGUCUUUAACAAAUGCACUCCAUGUCAGUUGUGCCAAGAAAAUGAAGAGAAAUGUUCUCCAGCCGCAAAGUGUCUUUGUCGCCCUGGUUUCCUGUGUUCCGAUGACAUGUGCUCAGAGUGCGUGAAACCUUCUCGUCAUGUUGGUGAGGAGAUGGAAAAAACAGAAAAGGAUGCAUUUUGUAUGAUCCUUGGCAUCGGAUAUGGUAUUCUGGCUGUAAUUCUUCUGAUGAUCUUGUUUCACACCUGUAUAAACGUUGCAAAGAAAAAUAGAGCAGCUCUAACCCCUGCCGCCACCCCAUGUCACCCACGCUUGUCCAUCAUGGAAGAAAGGGGCCUCCAGCAGCAGCAGCAGCUCUUCAUCCAGGCUGAUUCUAAGAACCAACUCCAGGAAAUUGUCACCAACUUAUCAUAGGGAUGGGUGGAUUUGGAAUUUUAUGGGAGGGCCUUCAAUAUUAGAAAUCUUUAUUCUAGUGACAAAUGUAAUGAAAAUAUUUUUUUAUUUUUUUUACCUCUCUCUCUCUCUCUCUCUCUCUCUCUCUCUCUCUCUCUCUCUCUCUCUCUCUCUCUCUCUCUCUCUCUCUCUCUCUCUCUCACCCCUCGCUUUCGCUCUCUCUCUCUGUUCAUUCACCGGCUGGGGACAUCUGACAGGAAGUGGUUGGAUUUCUAUUGUCUUUUGAGAUACCUAUGUUUUCCAUUCUCCAACCACAAACAUGAUGUCUUCUGUUGUCAUGGUUUCCUGUGGUCAUACGAUGCACGCUUGCAAUGUAUGGAAAAUACGAUGUGCGUUGAAGCUGGCUAGUAGGCGGUGAAGACAGAGAACCGCAAAGUUUUGAGAACAAAACAAAUGUCAAUGGUGUGGGCCAUUUUGGUUUAAUUAAAUAAACACAGGCAAACAGCUGCAAUUACUGUUACACAGAUGACUUUAACUUGAAAUUUACGAAAAAUGUUCAUGUGUAACAAAGUUAUGGCGUGAUGCACAAGGACAUGGUGUGGUACCAGCAUCCUGUCGUAACAUCAAAAAAAUUCAUCCUGCCGUAACAUUCAGUCAGGACUACGAGGAAUUUAAUUUGCUUUGUUUAUUUCAGCAAGUACAUAAUCAACACUUUUUUCAACUUCAUUUCACAUUUGGUUUUUGCAUGACUUGUCGAAAAGGGCAGCGGAAGUUUCAUUUGAAUACAGCAAUGACAAGUUACACCAGAUCUCGACAGUUUGUUUUGAAUACAGCAGUAACAAUU